ACAGAUGAGUUUGAUCCUCAAAUCUCUUUAUAUAAUGACCUUCACUAGAAUCAGCCAAACCAAAACUAUUACCUCUCUCUGACACUUGUGAGAUGGAGAGAAGUAGUGAAGAGGAGAUGUUAAUAACGAAAGGUCCAUGGACAGAGCAAGAGGAUUCUCUUCUCUUCAAUUACAUCACUGUCCACGGCGAAGGUCACUGGAACUCUGUCGCUCGCUACACAGGUCUAAAACGAACGGGCAAAAGCUGCAGAUUAAGAUGGUUGAACUACUUGCGUCCAAAUGUUCGACGUGGGAACAUAACCCUCCAAGAACAGCUCUUGAUUCUUGACCUCCAUUCCCGUUGGGGCAACAGGUGGUCGAAAAUAGCUGAACAUUUACCGGGAAGAACAGACAACGAGAUAAAGAAUUAUUGGAGAACGAGAGUGGUAAAGCAGGCUAAGCAACUAAAAUGUGAUGUGAACAGCAAGCAAUUCAGGGACACGUUGCGUUUUGUGUGGAUGCCACGUAUGCUAGAGCGGAUUCGGGCUCAGGCCUCAUCAUCGGCCCAAGCCCACCAAAGCAGCUUAAUCUCCAACAGUAACACUCAAGCACACAGUGGAUUGUUGUCAUCAGCGCUUCAUGCCCACGCGCCUUCUCUCUCUGACUCGAGCGCGUCGUACAAUCUUAUGGGUGCUGAUGCUGGAAGUUGCUCAUCUCAUAGCUACUACUCAGACAUAGCAGGCAAUGGUUUUGGUGGUGCGGACUUGUGGACGGAUCAAAACAUUUGCUUUCUGCAACACCAGCUUGCUCAUCAUGACUUGUUCUGAUCAUGCAUACUUCAACAUCUUGCUCCAAAAUUCACUCUAAACUGCAACAUAUAAAGCAAUUGUAACACUAGUCGUGAAACAUGCAUGUUUCUUUUUAUGUUAAUUUGGUGUGAAAUUUAAUAAUCUAUACUUCAAUUAAUUUCAAGAGAACUGCCAUUUGUUGUUAGUUAAGCGUGAUUUGUACGAGAUAGUGAUGAGUAUUUUUCGCUUAACUAAGACAAUUAAUUUUGUUCGAAA